AUGUCUCGAUUUGUGAUAGGUGACGAGCUCGGCAGUAUCAAAGUCUUCCGACAUGCUAGAGACCUGCCUCCAGGAUGCAAGACUAAGGUGAAAACGGUCUACUCUCAGGAUUCAUCUGCACUCCCGAAAGUUGUGCAAAAGCUUGCAACUGCACUCGGACCACACAGUGAAACUACUCUCGCUGCAGCCUUCUCCGACGGGUCUUGCUCCCUAUCGACACUGAACGACGACGACACCUUGACCCAGAAUCUUAAGUGGACCGAACCUCGUAUCACACAAAAUCAAUUCAUUGGCUUGUCCCUAAAUCAGAGCGCUGCCUUUGCUUGCACUUCCAACGGAAUGCUUCGUCGGGUACCCUUCACUGUGGAAAAUAACUUUGAAGAAGCUUCGGAUCAACUUCCACAGUCAGAUAUCUCAACUCUUCCUAGCCGACUCUUCGAUUGGCAAAUGCCUGAAGAUUGUAACAAUUUUGCUUACGGCGGCGAUGAAGUCGACCUCUCGUUAUGGGAUACUGAACUUGCAUUCACAUCAGCCUCAAAGAACUCCGCCACCUCAAGGAAACGCAAACGCAAUGACGACCUCUUCCCAGGAGAAGCAUGGAGGGCUCGCAAUGUUCCUAAUGACCACUUCACGCUGCGGCAGCCAAUCCGCAUAACCACCUUGACCUUCUUGCAAUCGACUUGUAAUAGCCACCAUCUCAUGACUGGCACUCAGUUUGGUGAUCUCAGACGAUACGAUACCAGGGCAGCUCGCAGACCUGUUUCGAACUGGACAGGGCUGGGUAAACGGGGAGGUGUCAGAGUGAUUGAGAAAGGCAUUUCAGAGCAUGAACUUUUCAUGGGUGAUAACGGUUCAAAUCUUUCUUCGAUCGAUCUGAGAACAGGACGUAUCUUGUACGGAUACAAAGGGUUUUCUGGUGCUGUAACAUCGAUUUCUGCCUCACCCAAGGUUAUGGCAUCAGCGUCCCUCGAUAGAAAUGCACGUGUGCACUCGACCUUUCCUCCUCCCCUGACGUCGGGUAAUAAUCAAGACGGAAGGGGAGAAGUCCUGGGCAAGUGGUAUCUCGCUACUGUUCCGACUGUCGUUGUCUGGGAUAAACGAGCGAUGUCACCCCGUAAUGACGAACAUGGGGAUGAUAACGACGACGUCUGGGAUAACUUGGAGAAUGUCGUAUAA